AUGACCUGAAAACCGGAUACGAUUAGUCGCCACCGAGCAAAACAAGUUAAUGUAGGUCGGGACGAUCUUACUUUUGUCGAUUGCAUCAUACAUACUGCACCUGGAAACCAGGCUAGUAGGCAUUAAAUUUGAUCUAAAAAUACAAUUCUAUGCACCAAUUCUUGUAAAAAUCGGUCAUACAUAAAACGCGAACACAUAAAAAGCACACACGUUAAAGAAACAGGAUAAUCUGUAGGCGGAAAGAAAAAAAUUGUGAAAUAACAGAAACACGAAUUAAUAUGGAGGACCCGUCUGAAUAUAGACCGGAGUACAAGGAUAAAACGGAGUUCCGAGAUUUCAGCUUUCACACAGUUCCGGAAAGAGUAAUUAAGACUUAUAAAGCAAUGCACACGAAUCAGACGUACGCAUUUGCAAAGGCGAAGCUGGCACAGUGGUCAAAAUUCGACCACGCGGAGAUGACGAUCAUGGAGGCGUUAGAGGAACUAAAUGGCCUGGUUGACGAGUCUGACCCGGAUGUGGAUAUUCCAAAUUCAUUACACGCUUUCCAGACUGCUGAAGGUAUACGAAAGAAUCAUCCGGACAAGGAAUGGUUCCAAGUCGCCGGGUUGAUUCACGACGUUGGCAAGUUGAUGGCAAUGUGGGGAGAGCCACAAUGGUGUGUUGUUGGGGAUACAUUCCCCGUUGGCUGUGCGCCAGCAGAUAGUAUUGUGUUUGACGCAGAAUUUUUCAAGGACAACCCUGAUGUACAGAAUGAAAAGAUGAAUACCAGAUUAGGCGUGUACGAAGAAAACUGCGGGCUAGAAAAUGUCGUUAUGAGCUGGGGUCAUGAUGAAUACAUGUACCGGGUGCUCAAAGCCAACACAUGUCAUCUACCGGAGGAGGCUCUUUACGUCAUCAGGUUUCACUCUUUCUACCCAUGACAUACUGGUGGCGACUAUAACCAUCUAUGCAAUAAUAAAGAUAUGGAGAUGUUGAAGUGGGUCCAGGAGUUUAACAAGUUCGAUCUGUACACAAAAUGCCCGGAUAUACCGGAUUUAGAAGAAUUGGUGCCUUAUUACACAAAUCUUGUUGAAAAGUACGUUCCAGGCGUCCUGAAGUGGUAAAAUGUGUUUUUUAACUUCGACAUUGCAAAAUAACUUGCGAAAGCUGAAACAGUGGGCUCAAUUGCCCCUUGACAAUUGAAAAUACAGUAAGGCACUCAUUACCAACGAAUAAAAAGACGGUAACAGAUAAUUACCGACCGAUAUACAUUGUAAGCCGGUCGACAGACCAUAUAGUUGCCUUUGAACAUAUGUAAACGCUAAUGUGCUUAUUGCAACCAGGAUGGUAUAUAAUCAGUGGACUUAUGAAGGACAAACCUCAGGAAAAAAAUUGCACAACCAUGCUUCUUUCUUUCAUUCAAACUAUGAACGUGAUAUAAUUUUGUAUAUUUUUAAUGAAGAGAUGAAUUAUCAUAAAUUGUGCAAGAGCAAAAUUGUGACGCUAAACUGAGAAUGAAAGAUAAUCACAAAAAUAAUUUGUACUUCCUCCGCUGGACUGUUCAAAAGUGUUUAAAUAAACGGCACACAUCUCAGCUAAAUGGACAUAUGUGCUAAGAAACGGACACAUGUGCGCUCCAUGUCCAUUCGAUUCGACAUAUAAUGGGUAGAAAUUCCUUUAAAUCACACUUUCAAGUCCGGAAAUGUGUACUAUUGUUCAUAAUUCUCCAUCUGUUCUACGUAAAAUUCACUGUUCAAACAACGCUGGAACCACUUUAUCUGAUAAAGCUAUGGCCAGUGUGAAUUAUGUAAAGAGUAAACACAUGAGCUUUUGCUACAAGUUCAAAAGUAAGAUAAAAGAAAACGGCUGAAUGAUGUAGAAUUUUAUGACAAAGGCUUAAAAUGUUACUAUAAUGUAGUAUGAUUUCAAAUGAACAAAAAUCUUCUAAAAAUAUAUUAGAAAACUAAUUAUAAAUCAUUUUUAUCUUGACAGAUUUUUCAUAAGUAUGUUUCUUUUAUUACAUUCUGUAUCUAGUGAAUAACGCUACAGACAUAUUUUCUAAUUUGGUUUCAAACUGUACGACACUUUGCUAUGAGCUCGCUUUUUAUUCAUGAUAACGUCAGUUGUAACAAAUGAAAGCACUUUCUAAAAUAUAACACCUUAUUUUGACUGAAAUUUGUUUUGUAUGUUAUGAAACUUUGUUAUGACUAUUACGAUAAUGAUAAUCGUUUUUAUAACCUUCAUUAGUGAUGAAUAUUACAAUUAUCAUCAUUGUUUUCACAACUUUGAUUACAUGUAUUAGUGAACUUCGUUAUGAAUGUAAGAUUAUCAUCAUUGUUUUCAUAACCUUGAUUACAUGUUUUAGUGAACUGUGUCAUUAAUGUAAAGAUUAUCAUUAUUGUUUUCGUAACUUAGAUUACAUGUAUUAGUGAACUUCGUAAUGAAUGUAACGAUUAUCAUCAUUGUUUUCACAACUUUGAUUACAUGUAUUAGUGAACUUCGUCAUGAAUGUUACGAUUAUCAUCAUUGUUUUUAUAACCUUGAUUACAUGUUUUAGUGAACUGUGUCAUGAAUAUAACGAUCAUCAUUAUUGUUUUCAUAACCUUGAUUAUUAAUGAACUUUAUUAUAAAUGUU